UCGAUAGCGCGAAAUAUUAAUCAUUUGAUUCAUUGACUACACGUUUGCAGCGAUUGGCCACUCAGUCCACUGUUGGCUACCAUUGAGUGACAGACCGCAACACAUUCACCACAACCACAGCCAUCGCAGUGACAGUCAGUGCGGGUGUCGUACGGCUUACACACACCACCACUACUACCACAAUACCUACCAUUCAUAGCAGUCAUACGCGUGAAUGUGUCGCACAUCACCUCCAAUACAUCCAAUACAUCCAAUACAUCCAACACAUCCACCAACACAACACUUAUCGACUGAUUGGUGACACUCUUGUAAACUAAUGUUAGAACAGUUGAAUGUAAAGCCAAUGAAUUCAAGCAUUGAUAGCAUGAAGAAUGCAAUCAACAGUCCAUCAGUCAAUGCCUUCUGCGGACAACCGCAACUGAAUGGCAAUCCGAUGAACUCAUUGGCAGAACAGGCGAACAAACUGUUGGACUUCAGUCAGAAG